AUGGCUGCCGCCGAUGUUCGCGACAUGCUGGAUUUGCCCGCGGAGGGCCAGCCACGUCCGCUGAAGAAGCAGAAAGUGACCGAGAAGAGACCAGAGGGUAUCACUCGUGAGCUCUUCGCCUUACUAGGCGAGCGGGCACCUCCGAUCGCAAUCAACGAGAACCGCUACAAGGGCCGUCCCAAAUGGAUGAGCAAGAUGCGUGUCCGCCCUUGGCGGAUGGUGCCAUUCGAAAACGGCGCGCGAUCGGACGGUCUCGUGCUGCGCCAUUGGCAACGACAGAACGAGCCCGCGAAACCCGCUCUAGAGGGAUCUGAGAUGGAAGUGGACGAGAAGACGGACGGCAAGAACGCAUCCGAGACGGUGGAGAAGGAUUACAUGUUCGCCAAAUACAAUAUCAAAGCGCGCGUGCCGAACCGCUACACCGAUGAGGAGUACAACCGCCAUCUGAAGAAUGACGACUGGACUCGCCAGGAGACCGACUAUCUGAUGGACUUGGUCGAGGAGUACGAUCUUCGCUGGGUGGUGAUCGCCGACCGCUACGAUUACCAACCGCAUCCCGUCGACGCGGAGACGAACACAACGGCCCUCGUCCCGGCCAAACGAUAUCGGACAAUGGAACAGAUGAAAGCUCGCUACUACUUCAUCGCCGCAUCCAUGCUCGCCCUCGAGCAGCCCCCGUCCGAGAUGUCCGAGGCCGAAUUCGAACUGCACGAGAAGAUGAUGAAAUUCGACCCGGAGCGCGAGCGCUCCCGCAAGGAGCUCGCGGCCCUGCAGCUCAACCGCACCGCCGACGAAGUCCGCGAGGAGAGUAUCCUCCUGGAAGAGCUCAAACGCAUCACCGCCAACGAGCAGGAGUUCAUCACUGAGCGCCGGGAGCUCUACUCCCGCCUCGAGGUCCCCAUCAGCGUCGGCAACACCACCAUGUACCAGUCCAGUCAGGGUCUCUCGCAACUCCUCCAGACCCUCCUACAAGCCGACAAGAGCAAGAAGCGUCGCUCGAUCCUGGGCCCCGAAAGCGCCGGCGCCGCUCCCAGUCCGGCCGGGCAGACUCCCGCCUCCAACGCCCCCGGCAGUGCCCGGGACAGCCGCGCCGAUACCCCCAAUGCCUCCACGCCCGCCACCGCUGCCACCGCCGCUGCCGCCCCGAUCAACAAGAAGGCCGCCGCCGCCGCUGCCGCCGCUGCCGCGGCGGCCGCGACCAAGGAAGCCGAAAAGACCGUCAAGACGCUCACCCCGGCCGAGGAGGCCAAGUACGGCGUGCAGCACCACGAGCGGCUGGCCCCCGGCGUGCAGUUCCGGAGCGAUCGCGCCCAGAAGCUCACGCAGGCCAAAUCCAACGUGCAGACGCAAAAGCUGGCGGCCGCGCUGGCCGAGCUCGCCGUGCCGCUCCGCCUCGUCAUGCCCACGGAGCGCGUGUGCAAGGAGUUCGAGAAGCUCAUCCACUCGGUCAACCUGCUGCUCGACGCGCGCAAGGUCGCCGAGAAGGUGGAGAGCGAGAUCCGCGUGCUCGAGGCCGCCAAGGAGGAGCGCGAGCGCAAGACCAAGGAAUCCCAGCAGGAGAAGACCUCCACCACGUCCACUUCCACUAGCAAACCCGAGGUCAAGUCCGAGCAGCAGGACGAGGAGGACGGCCAGCCGCUGAUCCCCGCUGAUGCUGCCGCCGAGGCCGCCACGGCCCCCGAUCCCAAGGGUCCGGCCACUGCGGCCCAGGCGGAGGGCGAGGCAGCAGCAGAAGUGAAAGGGACGAGUGGCGUGCCUGCUGGUUCGACGGAGGGACAGGAUGGAGCGUCGCACAAACGCUCGGCCAGUGUUUUGAGCAAUGCGAGCGACAAGAGCAACAAGCGGCAAAGAAAAUAA